AUGACGCCCAUUAAAGCCAGUGAGGUCCAAACUACCCCUGCUUUCAACAAUGUGGGUAAACCUAUCGCUCCUAUCGCGCCCACCUUUACUUUUAGAAAUCCAUAUCUGCGGUAUGUUGGUGCAUCUGCCAAUUUGAUCUCCAGUCAGAAGCGGAAGGCAGCCGGACCUGUUAUGUACUCUCCGACACCCAAGCGAGUGAAGAUGAAGGCUUCGAUCUCGAACGACCCCGAGGCCACACGCCCGAUCGCCGAUCCUGGAAACACCAGAUAUCAUUCAUUUAAUGACAGCGAGUGGCACAACUCUGUCCAGGGGGAACCUGAAAGACCUCGUUCGGGAAACAGCAAGGCUCUUCUUGCGGUUUACGAGGGCAUUUUGGAAACCCUGGCGCGAGUUGAUCUUGACGUCCAGAAAUUGGAAGAGAUCAUUCUGGAUCAUGGACACAAUGCAGAAUCUUUGGAUAUAGAUGAUAAUGCAAAAGUGGAGAAUCCUGGAUCGCAGAAGUCAUUUGGGGUGAGAUACUGA